AUUUAAAAAUAUCCCGCAACGAACUUAAAAGAACUUUCACCUGUUUUCUCUCACACACACGAAAACAAAGGAAAAAAAAGAUGUCACUCUCCUUGCAAUCUUCGCCUUCAUCAUUUCUCUCUUCUUCUCUACCAAAAUUAAGAUUGGGAUUUGCAAAUGGGUGUUCUUCUUCCAGCCUACUCUUCAAAUUCAACGCAUCUUUUCCAGCUAUUCGUGCUUCCUCGGGCUUCUCUUCUUCUCUCGACACUGGGUUAAGAACUGAAUUGGAUGCUGUGUCUACUUUCAGUGAGAUAGUUCCUGACACUGUCAUCUUUGAUGAUUUUGAAAAGUUUCCACCAACAGCUGCAACUGUUAGUUCUUCACUGCUGUUGGGUAUAUUGAGCCUUCCAGAUACCGUUUUUAGAAAUGCUGUGGAUAUGGCCUUGGCGGAUUCAACUUGUUCUAGGCUUGACAAUCCUGAACUGAGGUUGUCUUGUUUCUUUAACAAGGCUUUAGUAAAUGUUGGUGGUGACUUGGCAAAGCUAGUUCCGGGUCGAGUUUCAACCGAAGUGGAUGCACGUCGGGCUUAUGAUACACAUGGUAUUAUUAGGAGGGUUCACGACUUACUGAAGUUGUAUAAUGAGAUUGAUGUUCCUCCUGAGCGCUUAUUGUUUAAAAUUCCUUCAACUUGGCAAGGAAUAGAAGCCUCAAGAUUGCUUGAAUCUGAGGGUAUACAAACACAUUUAACUUUUGUUUAUAGCUUUGCUCAAGCUGCAGCUGCUGCCCAAGCUGGUGCUUCUGUUAUUCAGAUUUUUGUUGGCCGUGUUAGGGAUUGGGCACGCAAUCAUUCUGGUGACCCUGAGAUUGAAGCUGCCAUUCAAAGAGGAGAGGAUCCCGGGUUAGGUCUGGUGACAAAAGCUUAUAACUACAUUCACAAAUAUGGACAUAAAUCAAAGCUUAUGGCUGCAGCAGUUCGAAACAAGCAGGAUUUAUUCAGUUUGCUGGGGGUUGAUUAUGUCAUUGCACCGUUGAAGAUAUUGCAGUCGCUGAAAGAAUCAGUUACUGCUCCUGAUGAGAAGUACUCUUACGUUAGGAGGCUUUCCCCGCAGUCUGCUGCCAACCACAAUUUCACUGCUGAAGAGCUCACAAAGUGGGACCAAUUAAGCCUUGCAUCAGCUAUGGGACCUGCAUCUAUGCAGCUUCUGGCUGCUGGACUCGAAGGAUACGUUAAUCAAGCGAACCGAGUCGAGGAAUUACUUGACAAGAUUUGGCCGCCUCCUAAUGUCUAAAAUGGCCCCUCCAUUUUGACCCACAUCUCAUAUGCCAUAAAAUAAGAAGAUGAUACUGACUCCAUUUUGUUGUUUACGUUUUUCUUUUUGGUUAUGCAGAGUAGUUUAGUUGGUCUUUAAAACUGAUGUCAAUCCUCCAUCUUUCAUGUUAUCAAUGAACAUAAUGCUACUGUUUUAGAAACUUGCAAUUCAAUCCCAUGGCAAUGCUUUCCUCUUUA